AUGGACUCCAGGGGCGCAAUGUGGAGUGACUCUUCGCCUCGUCCCGCGGCCAGCGAGGAGUCAUGCUGUGCGAAGACUGCCCUUCCAGCAGAGGACGCCGAGAGCUGUUCUGGUGGUGACGAUAUUGAUGCGCAGGGGGUUUCAAAUGGGGGUGAGGUGUCAGCGGGGACGGUGUGUUUCUGCCCCAUAUUUGUGCCCUCGAAAGGGCGGCACCACAGCAAGCGCGGCACCAUCGCACUCCUCAUACAGGAUCAAAUCCCCUUUACCAUCGUCGUGGAGCAGGGGGAGGCCGCAGAGUACGAGCAGCUUGUCGACCGCCUCGUCGAAAGGUUGUGGAAUGGCGGCAAGACGAGCUGCCAAAAACAGCAACAACAUGUGCUGAGCGGGGCGGAGCGGGACACAGUAGCCAACUGUGUGCUUGCCACGCCACUGUCGUCACCGCCAUGCCAGACUGCAGCUGAUGUGCGACAACUUGUCAAAGUUGUGUCACUGCCGUUGUCCGACCAAGGCAUCUCAUACGUUCGGAAUUAUAUCUUGAGGGAGCUGGUGCCGGCGGCGUUUGCCGACGCUGCCACCACCGCGUCUUCGCCCUCUUUGCCACUGUCACCGGGUGGGGAGAAGUGGUACUGGGUGAUGGACGACGAUAUUCAACGCUUCCACAUCGCGCAGGACAACAAGAAUCACGCUAUCUCCCCGCGUCAACUCUUCACGGAGGUGUACGCACGCAUACAUCAGCUCCAUGCCAAUGUUUGCGACAUGCGUAACAUCGCAAUCUUUUCACUGGAAUACGCCAGAUACGCUUAUACCUACGGGGACAAGGAUAUGGCGUUGAACAGCUACAACAACAUCGCCUCUCUCUACCGUUAUGAUCUCAUACCUCCCAACUGCGCCUACCGCUUCCGCAUCCGCGAAGACUACGACUUCACGUUGCAGCUCAUUCUCUACGGGUUGAAGACGGCGCGCUUCCGCAACCUGUCUUUUGAUGUGCCUGGGAUGGCGGAGGCGUCAGGCGGCAUGACAGAGUACUACAAGACGCAGAAGGAGGACAUUCGUAAGCAGAAUAAGUUAUUUGUGGAGGCAUGGCCGGCAGUGGCACAAGAGUGUAUUAAGGGCAAAGGCGCCUUGGAGCGAGAGGACAUACGCGUCCGCUGGGACCUUCUGCAUCCCAAGAAGAGCGCGGACCCCAGCGCCACUCUUCAGUCUCGUACGCCGCUGCUGACCAAGAGAAAGAAGCCCCAGCCCCGCACGAUCGCUGGCUUGCAGACCCAAGAGACGAGCGGUAGUUCUGAGGCAACAGUCUUGAAGGGAUACCAAGUGGGCGCCAAGAGGCCCCGGAAACCCAAUACAGUAAAGAAGCAAGCUGACGAGGAGGAGGAGGAGCAGAAGCAACAGCCAGAAUCAACGCCAGCCCAGGUGUUGUGUGAAGGGAGGCGGAGGAGGGAAUUGGAUGCCAAGAGCAGGAUACCGCCAGGGUGGAAGGGCUACGCACUCGAGAGCUGGCGGGACCUCUCCGUGGCUGAGGCGGAGCUCCUCCACCUUCGGCUCAUUCCUGCGGAAAAACUUCGGGUGGGGCAAACUGUCGCGAUUGUGCCACCGUUGUUUUCGCAGAAGCCAUCCGUUGUGGAGGCGGUACUUAUUGAAAAGAGCGUCACACGGAGGCGCAGGAAAUCAGUGGAGGAGAAGGAGAAGGGUGACGAGGUGGAGGUCGUCACUGAGUGGAGCGCGGUGGCGCGUGGAAUGCCUCUCUUAACGGUGACGCACUGCUACGAGGUGCCGGCAGUGGGUCUGGGUGUUGCCGCGGCUGCCGUGGAUGAGUUUUUUGAAAACGAGAGAGAGAAAUUGCCUAAGCAGUCAGAAUGA